AUGGCUUCCGCAUCAUCCACAGCAGGGCCAAAGGCUCUGCCAAAGCUGCCCCGCCUCGAUCUCACAGCCCCUCACACGUUCACGACACCUGUCAAGCGCAUCCAUGAGGGCACAGACGUCUCGCAAUUUCUCACAUCUCUUGCCUACCGCGACAUCGGCAUAUUCAUUCUGCAGCUCAACCAUGCUCUCGUGCCACGCCAGGACGAAAAUGGCAAGAUCCGCACAUUCAGCCUGCCCAACGCGCCAUCAUCUACCCCCUCUAUCAAAGCCCUCCAAGAGCUUCUGGAGACGGUGGAGACAUACAUAGAUGAGGCACCACCUGACCCAGGUCCACGGAGAUUUGGAAACGUCAGUUUCCGGAAAUGGCACGAGCUACUCGACAAUAGGAUGGAAGGAUUGCUGGGCAGCGGUCUACUAGCCGACACCCUGAAAGCUGGACAUGGCACGGCAAAGCAAGAGGUUGCCAGCUACUUCAAGGGCGCAUGGGGGAGUUCCCAGCGACUCGACUACGGAACUGGUCACGAGCUGAGUUUUCUGGCGUUUCUGGGAUGUCUUUGGAAGCUGGGAUACUUCAACGACGGGGACUCGCAAGAAGACGGUGCCUUGGAGCGUGAGAUUGUUCUCUCAGUCAUCGAGCCCUAUCUUUCGGUGGUUCGAAAGCUCAUCCUCACAUACACCUUGGAGCCCGCUGGCUCUCACGGCGUCUGGGGCCUCGACGACCAUUCUUUCCUCCCAUACAUAUUUGGCUCAGCACAGCUUGCCCGCCCGAUAUCCUCACCUUCAGAACCCACUCCCCUCGAAGGAUCUGUACGAGGCGCACCGCGCCCUAGUGCUGUGACGGCCCCUCAACAAGUGGAAGACUAUCGCAAAAGCAACAUGUACUUUGCCGCGGUUGGCUUCAUCAAUGAUGUAAAGAAGGGGCCAUUCUGGGAGCACUCGCCGAUACUAUUCGACAUUUCAGGAAUCAAGGACGGCUGGGGCAAGAUCAACAAAGGUAUGGUGAAAAUGUUCAAUGCCGAGGUGCUCUCCAAAUUUCCGGUCGUGCAGCAUUUCCCAUUCGGAUCACUCUUCUCGUGGGAACAAGACCCGACAGCACCCACGCCCACGCAGAGCGUGCACAUGGCAAAUCAACCGAUCGCUGCCGCUGCCGCAUCGUCCUCGGGCACUGGCACCGGCGCGCCAUGGGCGCAGGCCACGAGAAUGCCAGCCGCCACAGGACCAGGCGUACCAUACUCGCGUGUGCCAGCGGGCCCGAGCUCUGGGUCGCUGGGCGCCAGACCUCAACCCAGAGAUAACAGAUCACAGGGGGAGACAUCCACGGAGCCGCAAAUCAGCAUGACCAAGGCGCCGUGGGCUAAGUAG